UUACCAGCUUUCCACCAGCUCAAUGUGUGAGUGGCGUUUGUCAUAUUACUAGUGCCGUUGUGUGCAUAUAGUCGUAUCGCAGUAUGACUUCUCUUUGAAAGAAUGUCCGUGUUUGUCCAGGCGUGAAAUCGUUUUCUCCUGCAUAAGAUUUUGAAGCGAAGUAUAUGAAUUAUUUUGUUCAAUAAAGAUAUAUCGGGGGAGAUUUUAUCAAGGUUAUUCUUUAACAUGAAAAGAUUUGUGCCUGGUUUUUUAGCUUUCGUUCUAACGACCACGUGCGUGCUUGGUUGUGGUGAAGAGUCAAAUAGAGUGUACAAUGUACGUCGAAGGAGAGAUAGGCUUUCUGAGAACGUUGUCAUUGGUAUGGAUUAUUUUGGUAAACCAAAGAUCGUCUGUCACUGUGACGAAGCUGGAUUACAGAGGCUUACUGCGAAGACCUUCAAACGUGGCCAUGUCGUAAAAGUGAAACCCGAGUCUUUAAAGAGGGGGAUAGUACAAAAGAAAGAACCUGGGCGUGAAGAUCAAGAUUCGCAAAGGGAUCUGAUAUAUUCGCCGACCUGCUGCAAGAUUGACUUGACCAAUCCUAAAAAACUUUACAGCUAUCCAUUCACAAUACGGCUGCCUGAUCAAACGUUCACACCCGAGUUCAACGACCCAAAAAGUCAACAGUACCAAGGGCUGAAGAAUCAGUUGAUCUCGGGGUUAACAACACUGCUUGCCAACGAAGGAUGCGUGGUGUCAAUAGAUCUCACUAAAUUUAGAAAAGGCAGUGUAUUGGCAGACGUCUCGCUCUCUGUUCAAGGAUUGAUAUCUCAAAGUAUUAUUGACACGCUGAAAUCCGCCAUUGAAUCUGGAAACAUUGGUGGUCUCAGAGUCGAGAUAGUUCCAGAGUUACCACCAGAAGAGGCCCCAGCAACAACCACUCCGAAACCUAAUAAACAAGCAUCUUCUGCUACACAAGCACCAACACAAACUACACAAGCGCAGGAUGCACAAAAGACCCCACUACCUGCUGCGAAACAAGCCCCUGCUGCUACACAAGCGCCUGCUGCCACACAAGCGCCUGCUGCUACACAAGCGCCUGCUGCCACACAAGCCCCUGCUGCCACACAAGCCCCUGCUGCCACACAAGCGCCUGCUGCCACACAAGCGCCUGCUGCCACACAAGCGCCUGCUGCCACACAAGCGCCUGCUGCUACACAAGCGCCUGCUGCCACACAAGCGCCUGCUGCCACACAAGCGCCUGCUGCCACACAAGCGCCUGCUGCCACACAAGCGCCUGCUGCCACACAAGCGCCUGCAGCUACACAAGCGCCUGCUGCUACACAAGCGCCUGCUGCUACACAAGCACCAUCUGCGACAAAAGCACCAUCUGCGACAAAAGCACCUGCUGGGGCGACAUCUGCUCCGUCGACUACCAUAGUAGCAACUGUUGCACCAGCUGUUGGCGCCACCACGUCCAAACCAGGCACCAAACCAUCCACAACGUCCGCAACAUCCAACGGUACCACACCAAACAACAAUACAGCAUCCAAUGUUAGCACUACCCCUGCACCAGCCACUACAACCCCUGCCCCAGUUAUGACACCAGAAAAUCCGGUCGACUCCCGACCCACGAUACCUUACACCACGAACACACCAGGUAAAGAAUUCAAGGUCGCCAUAAUUCUGACCGAGAAAUCAUUUGACGCAAACCUAAACAUACCUUCAAGUUUGCAGUUCUUGGACUUGAAGAAGAUGAUCGAACAGUCGUUGACAGAAAUUUUCCGAAGUAAUCCUGAAUUUAUAUCCGUUACUGUUUUGAGCUUCAGACCAGCGGUGUACAAACCACCAAAGACCGAAUUCCAAGCAGGAUCAGCAGCACCGGCUACUCGCCGUUCCAGUGUACCUUUAAUGGGAGUGGAAGUGACGCUAGAU